CACGUUGCAGUCGAUUGCUCGGAGAAUGCGAAUGGGCGUCUGGUGCCUGGCGAAGGUUAUAUUGUACGGUUGAUUAUUUUAAGGUUCCCUGGAAAUGGAAGCAUUAACGAUUAUUUGACGAUUUUAUCUACUUGCUUGAGAAAAGGAGCGUCCUUUAAAGCCAAGAACGAACUUUGAAGCGUUUCAAGGUGAUUUCGAGAUUUAAAAACUCUGCGCGAAGGCGAGGCCCCAAUUAAUUGACACUUCAUUUUCUUGCAAGCAAGUUUGAGGAAUUCAAUAUAAGGAACACACAACAGUCUUGGUCCACUGCAAAAGAGGAGAGGAAUAAUUUUCGCUGAUAACAAGGAUAUUUCCUUGUGGAUUUUAUUCUGAGGCUCGGGAAUAGUCGUCGUAUUCUACUCGUGAUGCGAGUGUGUUGAUGUGGGAUGUAAAAGCUGAAACCCUCUCGCCUUAUUAAUAUUUCAUUAUCAAACAGCUUUGCUGCAAACACAGCUCACAUGGCUUCGAAAUCAAAGGAGCAGCAAAGUCCAGUGAAGCGGAAAUUUACAAGCCCCGUUGGAAAUCAGAAAUACGUGACGAAGGGAAUUUCUCCCCGUUUUAGAGCAAAUUUGAAAGAUUUUCGCUCGUUUGGUCCCGUGAAGCAGAGCAAACAGAAAGGAGAUCUGGGACCUAAUCAUGGAAAAGCUUGGAGAAAGACUCAGAAGAGCCGAGCAGUGAGAUUUCAUUUUGGAGGGAAUAGUGCAGAUCCCUUGAACUUAAGCAGUUUGAUAGAUCGAGAUCCAUCAGUUGUCACCCCACAGGCCUCUCCAUUGUCAAUUCACAGUGCAUCCCCAGUUGAGGUUUUAGAACCACAUGACAAGACAGACCCUCUCAAUCUAAAACGUUGUCUUCCAGAACCUGAAAACAAUGUGUCUCACACAACACCAAAAAAGCGCAAGAAAAAGAAUCGAGGGCAUAAUCAUCAAGACAGGGAAAAUGAAAUUGGGUCAAAAGAGUAUUCAGGUGUUGUCAGCCAGCAGAAGAGGCAAAAGAAGAGUCUUGUAAACACUGGUGUUUCUUGUGACAAAAUUGAUGUUAAAUUAGGCAAAAACUGCACUGACCAGUGCAGUAUACAAUCAAAACAAGCCAAUGAUCUGUCCACAGAUGAAGACUUUGAACCAUCCCGUAAGAAAGCUUGCUACAUUACGAAGCAGACUUCAGAAGAAGUUGAUAAUAAAGAUGCUAACAUCACUGACGUGGAACAGUCUCCUUUAGAAACCCAACCCAAAAGUGUCCUUGAGAAAUCCAAAGAAAUAGGAAAACCUCAUGCAUCACAUAAAGGUAAAGACUCCAGGAGAGAUAAACAAAGCUUAUCAAAGGCACAUGAAAAAAAGGAAAAACUUUUUAUUUAUGGUAACUACAACAGGUAUUAUGGUUACAGAAACCCAAAUUCCAGCCAAGAUCUAAGACUGAAAUGCUUUAAAAAGGAAUGGUUUGAAGGAAAGGAUGUUUUAGACUUGGGUUGUAAUGUGGGUCAUGUCACAUUAACAAUUGCACGGGACUUCAACCCACAUGUUAUCCUGGGAAUGGACAUUGAUACUGCCCUGAUUAAAGCAGCAAGGAACAAUUUGCGGUAUUAUGUACAAAAUCAAGUGUCCGUUCCUGGAAUGUCAAGAAAAGGAAAAAAUUUUCCAGUGUCAUUCUCUGUUACCAGUGGACCUUUGGCUGCACCUAUAGUUCAGGGCAAUGAAGAAAAUCUGUCAUUUCCACAUAAUGUCCUCUUCAAACAGGAGAACUAUGUUCCUUGCAGUGGUGAAGUGCUUUCCAAACAGAAGCCAAUGUAUGAUGUGAUUUUGUGUCUGAGUGUGACGAAGUGGGUCCAUUUAAACUGGGGAGAUGAGGGACUCAAACUUAUGUUUAAGAGAAUAUUCCUCAAUCUACGUCCUGGUGGAAGACUUGUCCUCGAGCCUCAGCCAUUCUCCUCGUACAAAAAGAAGAAAAAUUUGACAGAAAAGAUCCGUGCAAAUUAUGAUGCCAUUCGCUUUCGCCCUGAACACUUUAUUGACUACCUUCUCUCAGACAUGGUGGGAUUUGCUACUUUUGAAGUUCUUGAGAUUCCACAACACAAAGCCUCUGGGUUCCAGAGGCCUCUGUAUCUUCUUACAAAAGCUGCCGAUAAACAAGGGGAACCUUCAGAAGAAAUGUAUUAGGAUGCAGUAAAAAUGUCAUCCAUGUUGUACUAGCAUAGUGUGUGGAAGUGACAAAGUGUAGUUGUCUUGCAUAUUCCUUAAGUCAGUGGAAUAAGUAACAUUCUUUUGACUUGUCUCAUAUUCAGCCACAAACUAGAAAAGUGGAGAAUAAACCUUUAAAUUUCAUUGAUGCAAUAGACCAUUGCUUUGUUUCUUAGAGUGUGUGUGAAAAUUUUGAUUUUUUUUGUUGGGUUGUUUGUUUUUUAGUUGUACAAUUGUGUAAGUGAUUGCUUCUUAGGUUAAAUUUUUGUAAAUAAAGUAAAUUUUUUAAA